UUUUUUUUUCCUGACAUUUAACGACUCACUUUCUCAUGGCGACUUUCUCCAAAGAUGGAUUCAAUGCAGAUAGCUACAUGACCUAUAGACCUACAUAUAAUAAAAAUGCAUAUUCUUAUAUUUUCGAAGUACAUCAAGGCGACUUGGAACUGGCGGUGGAUGUAGGUUGUGGUCCAGGCACGGUAACAAUUGAACUUGCCAAAUGGUGUCGACAAGUCAUCGGUAUUGAUCCUUCCAACAGUAUGAUUGAAGUGGCUCAGAAAACGGCACAACAACAGGGCCUUCAGAACGUGACCUAUCGACAAGGGUAUGGUGAACAACUACCUCUGGAAGAUCAAUCAGUGGAUAUCCUUACAGUGGCCCAAAGUUUACAUUGGCUAGAUCCUAGCAAGUUUUUAUCAGAAGUGAAACGUGUAUUACGACCAAAAGGUACUUUGGUGGCCUGGGGUUAUAUGUUUGGCAAGUUAUGCUUCGAUGACAACACAUCUCAACAAGAAUAUCAGGAUACAUUGGCACAACUUGGUGAUCCGGACAAAGGUGGAUUAUUAGGUUCUUACUGGGAAAAGAAUCGAGCUAUUGCAACUGCUGGUUUUGUAUCAUGGCUACCUGAAUUCCAAAAAGUGUUCAAGAAGGUACAACACUUAUCUUAUCCAACUUUAUUGACACCUUCAUCGAUGAUUCUGACUAUGCCUUGGAUGGAUGAUUCUGAUAUAUCGUUUCAUCAAUUGAUCGCCUACGUCAAAACCUGGAGUUCGUACAAGAAUUGGUUGGAUGCAAAACGACAACAACAUGAUGAUGAUGAUGAUGGUGAUAUUGUUGAUACAUUUUUCAAGAAUCAAUUUCCCUCUGUUUCCUUGGAUACUCUCGUGCAUGUACAAUGGCCCCAUUCUGUAUUUAUAGUUUCUAAUCCCUAUUCAUCUACUUUGUAAUUCCCUCUCCUUCCUCAUUCCCAGUUGUUCUUCAUUAUAUAUCUACACAAUUUUCCCCGGCACUACUAUAUCUAUAUUCUAUUUUUAGUAUAUAUAUGUAAAUGCUGUUUGUUUAUUUGAUGAUGAUGCAAUAAAAAAGAAAUGGUCUUUUUUGUUAAAAAAUACUCUAUGUCUAUAACUAUGAUAAACUACCUAAAGGGUAACGGGUCUAAUUCUAUCCGAUGAUGAUGAUGAUGAUGAUGAUGAUGGUAUGGUGGAUGGUAACUAUAAAUUGAUUUCAAAAAUAAGGCAAGGAGAAC